AACAGUUCGGUUCUUUACCCAGUCGAAAAUCGACCGGCUCUGCGUGCUGCGUUUGAUCGAGUCCCGAUUAGAUUCGCGACGGUUUUUUUUUGGGAAUCUCGAUUCCAGUUGGUUCGGAUUGAUUUCGAGGUAUAGAGCGGACAUGAGCAGCGGACUGGACGUUUUGAGCGGCUCCCUGAGGGUCCGCAACAGUUCGAGGAUAGCGCCGGGACUUUGCAAAAAUUUCAAUUGCAGUAUUAGUGAAGUGAGAUCAUGCCCUAGUGUAAUGUCCCCGGAAACGAAGAGGUUGUUGCCGCCCAAUACAGAAACCGUUCAGACGAAACCGUUUCCGAUUAGAGGGGAACGUGCAAAUUAUGUCAAUAGUCCGCACGUUAUUGCUAUGGUGGGCCUACCGGCUCGCGGUAAAACCUACAUUUCCAAAAAGCUAUCCAGAUACCUAAACUGGAUAGGCAUUAAUACGAAAGUAUUCAACCUCGGCGAAUACAGAAGACACGCCACAUCGGCGUAUAAAAACCACGAUUUUUUCAGGCCCGACAACCAGGAAGCCAUGGCCAUCAGGACGCACUGCGCCUUGGAGGCCCUGCACGACGUGUGCCAGUGGCUGGAGAACGGCGGCGAAGUGGCCGUUUUCGACGCCACCAAUUCCACGUUGGAUCGCAGGAAACUCAUCCACGACGUGGUCGUCACGAAGAUGGGAUUCAAAUUGUUUUUCGUCGAAUCCAUAUGCGACGAUCCGAACAUCAUCGAGCAGAAUAUCAUGGAGGUGAAGGUGAGCAGCCCGGAUUACACGAACAUGGACAAGGAGACGGUUUUGAACGAUUUCCUUUUGAGGAUACAACACUACCAAGAAAAGUACGAUCCUCUCGACGAAAUCAAAGAGAAAGACGUGUCUUUCAUGAAAAUCUACAACACGGGAGAGAAGGUGGUCGUGCACAAGCACGAGGGUCACGUCCAGGCGAGGAUCGUCUACUACCUUAUGAACAUACACAUUACGCCUAGAACAAUCUAUUUGACCAGACACGGUGAAAGCGAACAAAACCUCGAAGGGAGGAUAGGAGGCGAUUCGAAUUUGAGCAACAGAGGCAGGCAGUACGCCAACACUUUGGCGGAAUUCAUACAAGAACAAAAAAUCGACGGUCUGCGAAUUUGGACCUCUUGGUUGAAGAGAACCAUCCAGACGGUGUCCGGUUUGCACGCGCCGCAGGAACGUUGGAAGGCGCUGAACGAAAUCGAUGCGGGCGUUUGUGAAGAAAUGACCUACGAGGAAAUUAAAGAGAAGUACCCGGAGGAGUUCGCUUCGAGGGACACGAACAAAUUCGCGUACAGAUACCCGAGAGGGGAGAGCUACGAGGACCUGGUGGCCCGCUUGGAGCCGGUGAUUAUGGAACUGGAGCGGCAGGGGAACGUCCUGGUCGUGUCCCAUCAAGCUGUGAUACGUUGUCUGUUGGCUUACUUUUUGGACAAAUCCGCGGACGAAUUGCCGUAUUUGGAAGUACCGCUUCACACUAUGAUCAAAUUAACUCCUGUAGCUUACGGGUGUCGAGUAGAGGAGAUUCCUUUGAACAUCGAGUGCGUGGAUACCCACAGACCCAAGCCUAAAGUCCCCGGCGAAUUGGAGGAGAAAUUCCUAAGGAAAAAUACAACAUUAAAUCCGGCUACUUAAUUUAUCAGCCCGUACAGACGACAUCGACUGACAAAAUAUAAAACAAUAGGUGCCUAAAACGCGCGUUUUUUGAAUUUUAUUAGUUUGUAAGAGUUCGAUUCUAAAAUCCUUGAAAGAUUCAAAUUUACGUAUAUGUUUCCUUUUGCUUUGGGAGGAUAAUAUGUUAAAAGGAAAGGAAAUAAUAUCGGAAUAUGUGCCAAUUACCAAACGUCUUAUCAGCUAUAUUUCUCGUCGUUUGCCAACAAUUUAUUUCCUAGGCAGACUAUAUUAUAUUAUAUCUAGCGGGUUGUUUACCCGAAUAUGUCCAAACAAUACAAACAUAGUCAUAUAUUUUAUUAAAGAUAAUAAAUUGGAACCAAUCUUAUUGACCAUGUUUAAUAUUUAUUACC